AUGGUAAGAAAGUGGUGGGGAAGAAGAGGAAGAAGAGCGCCUCAGGCCGGGAAGCAGGCGGAGAGGAAGAAGGAGAAAACGGCAUCCGGGUCUUCAUCUAAGACCGUGGUGACGAUCGGCGAUCGCGUGGCCGCCGAGCGGGCAGACCCUUGGUAUGCCGAACAUCCGGGUUACUCGGGUAGAUCCGGAGACGGGUCUGAGGGAACCCAUCACUCCCACCAGCGAACCGUUUUCCGAAGAGGAGCUGCGGACGAUCCUCCUAUCUCUUCGCAGGAAGCGCCGUCUUCCCUUUUACCGAGCUCGGCGGCGAGAUCGACGUGCCGGGGUCCUCGGGUGGUCUGA